GAGUUCAGUACGCGAUUGGAUCGACUGCGGUGUGGAUCGACGUCGGAUUCGCGAGUGACGAUUUUCCCGUUUUUGCGUGGAGGAGAAAAUUUUUAAUGUGCAAUUGUGCGAUUUCUGCGGCCGUAAUUGGGCUUGAAAUAUUUAUUGUGUCGUGUCGUUUUCCCACCUUACCCUGUCUAUAGGCGUUUGUAUGCGUUUUGCGAAGUGAUUGCGUGUGCAGUUGGGGAGGAGGAUAACUUCCAGAAGCGUUCGAAUGCAUGGCGGAAAAUUGGGAGCACCAGUGAUUUGAGCGCCCAGGAAAAUUGAAUGGUGGAAGCAAUUUCAAUUUCUGGAGGUUACGUAUUGCAUGUGAAGUGAAAAUAAGUGUUUGCGAUUAGACGCGAAAAAAAUACAAAUCAAUCGAAAGUUAAGGAAAAAAUAAGAAAAAAAAAUGCAAGAAGAAGCUACAAAUAUUAAGUGCUUGAUAAGUAAUACGUAGAAUCAGAAUUCGACCGGAGAGGAUUAUUGUUUGUCUCGGCGAAUCUUUACCGGCCGGGGGAAGCGCGUCUAGUGAGUGUUUGAGAGCGUAGUGUUCGCUCAUAUCUAUUACGUGUGUUUAACUCGCUGCAAGCAACAGCAACAAAAAGUUCAACCAGAGAAACAAAGCAGGAAAACAAGUGUGAGAGUAGCUGAAAUCGACGACGUUGUCGACAAUACAAACAGAUCUCGCUGUAAAGCACCACCCGAUUCAAACUGGCGGAAAUGUCGACAGAACGGGAACUGACUCCCGGUGGACCCCCACAAUUGCAUCCCCUGUCAUACUCAGAUUUGGCCACCCACAUUCAGCUGAACGGCGUCAACAUUAUGGGCAAAAAUUUCAGUGAAACACCAUGGAAUACUUCGCCGCCAAGGCCUCCCAGUCCGACUCAGUCGCAGACGAGCUUCGAUACACUCUCACUUUGUACCGAACAGAUAGGAACAUUAACAGCAGCUCCUCCAACCGGUGCCACAGUUAACCCCACGCCGGUGUCGACCACUGCCGGAGCGCAGAAUGUGGCCAGCAGUGCGCUCGGGGUUGUGCCGGCAACGCCGCCGGCGCCUCCAGAUCUCCCGGUAUUCACCUGCCCUAGGCGGCCGAACCUUGGGCGCGAGGGUCGACCGAUCGUGCUGCGUGCCAACCAUUUCCAAAUUACGAUGCCCCGGGGCUUCGUGCAUCACUAUGAUAUCAACAUCCAGCCGGACAAGUGCCCCCGGAAGGUCAACCGAGAGAUCAUCGAGACGAUGGUGCACGCGUACAGUAAGAUGUUCGGAGCGUUGAAGCCGGUAUUCGAUGGUCGCAACAAUCUGUACACGCGCGAUCCUCUGCCGAUUGGGAACGAUCGGGUGGAGCUGGAGGUGACCCUACCGGGGGAGGGUAAGGAUCGCGUGUUUCGUGUUACCAUCAAAUGGGUGGCGCAGGUUUCGCUGUUCAACCUGGAGGAAGCGUUGGAGGGACGCACCCGACAAAUCCCGUACGAUGCGAUCCUGGCGCUAGACGUUGUUAUGCGACAUUUACCCAGUAUGACAUACACGCCGGUAGGCAGAAGUUUCUUCAGUUCGCCUGAUGGCUAUUACCAUCCCCUCGGAGGAGGUCGUGAAGUUUGGUUUGGUUUCCAUCAAAGUGUCCGUCCAUCGCAGUGGAAGAUGAUGUUGAACAUCGAUGUUUCGGCAACGGCUUUCUACAAAGCCCAGCCGGUCAUCGAGUUCAUGUGCGAGGUGCUGGAUAUUAGGGAUAUCAACGAGCAGCGGAAACCCCUGACGGAUUCUCAACGUGUCAAAUUUACAAAGGAAAUCAAGGGUCUCAAAAUCGAAAUCACCCACUGCGGCACGAUGCGUCGAAAGUACCGCGUUUGCAAUGUCACUCGUCGACCAGCACAAAUGCAAUCUUUCCCUCUGCAACUGGAGAACGGACAAACCGUGGAGUGUACCGUGGCCAAAUACUUCCUCGACAAGUACAAGAUGAAACUGCGUUAUCCUCAUCUACCUUGCCUGCAGGUCGGCCAAGAGCACAAGCACACCUACCUACCGUUGGAGGUGUGCAACAUCGUAGCCGGUCAGCGGUGCAUCAAGAAGCUUACCGAUAUGCAAACUUCUACCAUGAUCAAGGCAACGGCCAGAUCGGCUCCCGAUCGUGAACGCGAAAUCAACAAUCUGGUCCGUCGGGCCGAUUUCAAUAACGACGCGUACGUGCAGGAGUUCGGGCUGGCCAUUUCGAACAGUAUGAUGGAGGUGCGGGGUCGGGUGUUGCCACCGCCGAAGCUCCAGUAUGGAGGGCGCGUUUCCAGCAUGAGCGGACAAUUACCUUCUGGUCCACAGAAUAAAGUGAGCUUAGCAUUACCAAACCAAGGGGUUUGGGACAUGCGAGGCAAACAAUUUUUCACCGGCGUCGAAAUCCGCGUUUGGGCCAUUGCGUGCUUUGCGCCGCAGCGAACCGUCCGGGAGGACGCCCUGAGGAACUUCACCCAGCAGCUGCAGAAGAUCUCCAACGAUGCCGGGAUGCCAAUCAUCGGACAGCCGUGCUUCUGCAAGUACGCCACCGGUCCGGAUCAGGUCGAGCCCAUGUUCAGAUAUCUGAAGAACACGUUCAACGCGUUGCAGCUGGUGGUGGUGGUGCUGCCCGGUAAGACACCGGUGUAUGCGGAAGUCAAGCGCGUAGGUGAUACCGUACUAGGAAUGGCCACACAGUGCGUGCAAGCCAAAAAUGUGAACAAAACAUCACCACAGACGCUGUCAAAUCUCUGUUUGAAGAUCAACGUCAAACUUGGUGGAAUUAAUUCGAUCCUUGUGCCAUCAAUCAGACCAAAGGUAUUCGAUGAACCGGUCAUCUUCUUGGGUGCGGACGUAACUCACCCACCGGCGGGAGACAAUAAGAAGCCAUCCAUUGCUGCCGUGGUUGGUUCGAUGGAUGCCCAUCCUUCGCGUUACGCAGCCACGGUGCGCGUGCAGCAGCAUCGUCAGGAAAUCAUCCAGGAGUUGAGCAGCAUGGUACGGGAGCUGUUGAUCAUGUUCUACAAAUCGACGGGUGGUUUCAAACCGCACCGGAUCAUCCUCUAUCGGGAUGGCGUGUCGGAGGGUCAAUUCCCGCAUGUACUCCAACACGAGCUGACGGCCAUCCGAGAGGCGUGUAUUAAGCUGGAAGCCGACUACAAACCGGGCAUCACGUUCAUCGUGGUGCAAAAGCGUCACCACACGAGACUGUUCUGUGCGGACAAGAAGGAACAGAGCGGUAAGUCGGGCAACAUCCCGGCGGGAACAACUGUGGAUGUUGGCAUCACCCAUCCGACCGAGUUCGAUUUCUAUCUCUGCAGUCACCAGGGAAUUCAGGGUACCAGUCGGCCGUCCCAUUAUCAUGUCCUCUGGGACGACAAUCAUUUCGAAUCGGACGAGCUCCAGUGCCUGACGUAUCAACUGUGCCACACGUAUGUUCGGUGCACCCGCUCAGUUUCGAUUCCCGCGCCGGCUUACUACGCGCAUUUGGUGGCAUUUAGAGCCAGGUAUCACCUGGUGGAAAAAGAACACGAUUCAGGCGAAGGAUCUCACCAGAGCGGUUGUUCCGAAGACAGAACGCCGGGCGCGAUGGCUCGUGCAAUCACCGUACAUGCAGAUACCAAAAAAGUUAUGUAUUUUGCUUAAAGUGAAAGUAUUUUUUACCAUAUGAGCGGUAUAUUAGCUAUUUUUAUUUUCUUUUACAAAAUUUUGCGUUUUAAUGCAGUUGAUACAUUAUUUCCAUAAAUUAAAUAUGCAAAAAAGAUUUUCAAACUACUGUUCAGUAGCAUGGAUACUGAAAGCAUCCCGAAGAAGCAACCACGAGUUUCAAACCAUUAAUAGAAUAGCGGUCGGUCGCAAAUGUCGCUCCAGUUUAGAUUAUUGAACUUUUGUUUUAUUAUUGUGCAUACGUUGCUUAAACAAUUGCAUCUUUCAAGCACAUCUAGCAAUUACUUAAAUGCAAUUAAAUGUCAGGAUUCAGCAGCAUUAAUUGUGCAACUCUAAAGGCAAAUUGUCGUAGGUAGGUAGCAGCUGAGGUAGGGGAAGAAGAGGCAACCCUCAAAAAACGAAUUACUAACUCGAGCAAUAGCAAUGCAAAAACAAAGCUUCUCGUGGGUUCUAGAUUUAAGAAAUAAUUUUAUUGCCGCAAAUUAUCCGAUCAUCGUGUUACUAUUAUUAAUAUUAUUAUUAUGUAUAAUUGCAACAUAUAUUUACACCUAUUUAUAUAGGCGAAAACACCAAUUGUAACAACAACUCAACAAGGUUUCUUUACAAAUUAUUGAUUAACGUUUAGUUUUGCUCAAUGACGUACAUUUGAUAGGUUUCGAAAUGGCUUUAAACCCCUCCAAAAAGGAAACGAAAGUUCAUGAACUCUUCGGGAAAAUUUCAUAUAUCUUCCAAUUUAGUUUUAACACUGUGUAUAUUCUAUCUCUGAAAUUGUACAUUAGAGUUCGUACACGCCUUAGAUCUUAGCUUUUAAGUCAAGAGGCUUUUCGAUGGAGAAAAAAACACCACCCACAACACUCACAAGCUAUUAUAACAAACUGUUCGAAAAACACAAACAUAACAAAGUCAUCAUAAUGUAAGCUUAAUAAGACAUGAGCUACGAAGAAAACAAGGGAAAAUAAUUUUACUGUAAACAGUUAACAACACUCACAUACAGACACAACACAUAUUUCAACACUUUCUACCAAUACUUAGCGUUUUUUUAUUUCAUUAGUUUGCGUUUGUUAUAGUUAACUAGUUUCUACGAAUAGGAAUGAAUCAAAACACGAUGAGUGCGGAAUUAAUUGUGAAGAAAGUUUAGAAUACAAACAAGGAUUGUGAUAUUUUUUUUCCAGUAGUACUA